CGUGUUACAUACAUACUAGCUAUCUGUCGUGUCAAACAUGCCAUGGAUAGUGCUUAAUGGGUGACUGCAUGAUUCCGCCAUCGUUAAAAGAAAGUGAUUAUCUUUAGUGCUGAAAACUCAAAGCGAAAGGAAGCAAGAUAGCCUACCCUUCAUCGUCAACAUGCCGAGUGAGAAUGAUCCAAAGCUCUCUCAAAUUCGCCACUUGCUCAGAGAGUUGUUGACGGGCCAGGAGGACCCUGAGGGUUUCUUCUGUCUUUGUAUCUCUAUUUUGGGGGAUUCUGAAACGCGAAUGCAGUUUCGGGAGCUCAUUUCUCCCGUGUCCUACAAUUACCGACAACUUCAUAGUCAGCUCAUCACUCUGUACGAGGAGUACUUCUCAAAGGAAGCAGAUCAGGAUCUGGAGUUGGCUCUGGCACUCUCCCUGGCAGACAUCAGUCCCCAGAGGUCGUCCACCAUCACCACCCAGCAUGUGCCGCUGCCAGCGACAGUGCCAAUCAGCUAUGCCCAGCUGGCAUCAGCCUCAUUGUCAAAGAGGAAAAUGCAGAGUGGCGUCACCAGUAACACUUUGGGGAAAACCACAAGUCCUCCUGAUGCACCAAAGACUUCUAAUGGCCUGAGAGAAUCAGGCAAAAGCAACCCAGUUGCUGUAAAACACAGAGCUGAGGCAUCCUUGCCACUGGCCAAUGGCAGUGACAGUCAAGGGAAAGUGGACGACAGCAGCCAACCAGAGCAGUCCAGGAAGUCGAGACGACGUCAGCGGAUGCGGCAGCAACAGCAACUCCUGAAAAGUCCCGCCGCCCCUCGCCCCGUCCUCCUGUGGUUCCGCAGAGACUUGCGUCUCCUUGACAACCCUGCCCUGAUUGGCUGUCUGGAGAUUGGGGCGCCGGUCAUCCCCGUCUUCCUGUGGAAUGCUCAAGAGGAGGAGGGCCCUGGCGUUACCGUGGCAGCAGGUGGGGCCUGUAAGUACUGGCUACAUCAGGCCUUGACGCGUCUCAAUCAAGCGCUGGAGCGAAUCGGAAGCCACCUGGUUACCGUGAGGGCGGAGCCGUCCUCGUCAGAGUGUCUGCAGCGAUUGGUGAAGGAGACCGGAGCGGGGACGGUGGUGGCGACGGCGCUGUAUGAACCGUGGCUGAAGGAGAGGGAUGAGGCCGUGUUCAAGACGCUAGAACUACAGGGCGUCAGCUGCCAGCUGCACCACUCCUACUGCCUACGAGACCCCUACACUGUCACCACACAGGGGGUGGGACUCAGAGGAAUCGGCUCCGUGACCCACUUCAUGAGCUGUUGCCAGCAGAACCCCGUGGGUACGAUCGGCACCCCUCUAGACGCACCCCACACCCUGCCCGUGCCCUCCGCCUGGCCCCCGGGGUGCCCCCUCCAACAGCUGGGACUGGCACGCAUGCCCCGCCGGAGGGAUGGCACCAUGGUGGACUGGGCCGUGAACAUUCGAAGAGACUGGGACUUCACAGAGGAAGGAGCCCACGCACGACUGGAGGCUUUCCUGCAGGAUGGUGUCCAGCGGUACGAGAAGGAGUCCGGGCGGGCGGACGCCCCCAACACCAGCUGCCUGUCCCCCUACCUGCACUGGGGCCAGAUGAGCCCCCGCUGGGUGCUGUGGGAUGCCCGCGGUGCCCGCUACCGAUCGCCCAAGUUCCAGCGCAAACUGGCAUGGAGGGACCUGGCGUACUGGCAGCUCACGCUCUUCCCAGACCUGCCGUGGGAGAGCCUGCGCCCACCGUAUAAGGCGCUGCGCUGGAGCUCCAACCGUGCCCACCUGCGGGCGUGGCAGCGUGGCAAGACGGGGUACCCGCUGGUGGACGCCGCCAUGAGGCAGCUGUGGCAGACGGGCUGGAUGAACAACUACAUGAGGCACGUGGUGGCCUCCUUCCUCAUCGCAUACCUGCACCUGCCCUGGCACGAGGGCUACCGCUGGUUCCAGGACACGUUGGUGGAUGCUGACGUUGCCAUCGACGCCAUGAUGUGGCAGAAUGGUGGCAUGAGUGGUUUGGACCACUGGAACUUUGUCAUGCACCCCGUGGACGCGGCCAUGACCUGUGACCCCGAUGGAACGUUUGUGCGGCGCUGGUGCCCGGAGCUGGCGACACUUCCUGACGAGCUCGUCCACAAGCCCUGGAAGAGCCCCGCCUCCAUACUGCGCAGGGCAGGGCUUGUUUUUGGGCAGACCUACCCUUACCGCGUGGUCACUGAUCUGGAGGAGCGUAGGACCCAGUCGCUGCGGGAUGUAGCGGAGGUGAGACGGCGCUUCAGUGACUACGUGGACCAACGCUCUGGCUGCGACCUCGUACCCCUGCCCGACAGGCUGGUGAAGGAGGCUUUGGGCUCGAGUGGCGAGGUCAUGCGCAGCGGCUCCCACUUCCUCCUGCCCGUCAUCACACGCAUGGAGUUCAAGCACCAAUCAGCCGACCCCGACGAGGAGCCGGAGGGACAGGGGCAGGGCAACUCGAACCCCAACCCCUACAACGCCGUGCUGAAGGGCUACGUGAGCCGCAAGCGUGACGAGACCAUCGCCUUCCUGAACGAGCGGGACUUCACGGCCAGCGUCAUGCACGAGAGCACGCAGCGCCGCGAGAGGGCCGAGCGGCACCACAGGCUACUGGAAGGCCUCCCCGCGCCCCCCUCCUCCGACACCCGUGGCCGAGGGCGCCCCCGACGCACCCAAACCAAAGACUCCUACUCCAUAGUGCCAGGAGGAGUGGCACUGCCCCAGCGAUGAUGUGUGUAGCCAUGACCAGUGGGUACGAUAAUCAUCGUAUUCGUACGAUGUAUGAUCAAUACAAGGUGUGGGACAGUACUGCCCAGAGGCACAGAUCUCCAAAGUACAUACAGUACCGGUAUAUAGGCACUUGGUGUGAUGUAUCUCAGCUCUGGUAUUUGGUGUUGUAGAGAUCAGUGGGGUUGUGCAGCUCAAAUGCACUUGCAGUAUAUAGACAGACAUGCAAUCAUACACACUAAUAUUGCAGAGUGAACCUAUAGGAAAGUAACAAUGUUUUAUGUGCUUGGGAGUGAAACAAUGCAAAAGUAUUUUCUUUUUUUUUGCGUUUGGUUGGUGUAUGAUAAUUUCCCUCCAAUAACAAUACUUUUUAGGUUUUGGUACGCUUCUUUGCAAUUUUCCAUCAGGGAACAUGGGUCAUGGCCUAACUGUCAGAGAUGUGGUAAUGUGAAUCCAAAGAUUUCACAGCAGGUCCAAAUAACACCUUUGCCAGCAAGAAGAAUGUCUGCCCCUGCCCCUUUAUCCAGUUGAAGUGCCCUUGAGCUACAGACCAUGUUGGAACUGACUUGGACAACAGCCUAUUGUUAAUGUCUUCUUAAAAAACAAAAUAUCUUGUGAGACACCGUUCUCAGGUGCCCAGGGAGUUCACGAUCAAAUUGUGGAUAUGAUGAAAUAGUGAAUAGUGAGUGAAAAGUCAUUGGAAAUGGUUGUCAACUAAUGAAUGGAAAUGUGGUGCCUACGUUUUCUACCUCGGUACACUUCUGAAAUACUUGAAUGUUUUUUUCUAGCCUGUGAGAUAUUCUGUGUUUAUUGGAGUCAUGUUAUUAUGGUAAUUUCCUGGAAAAGAAUAAUUAUGGGAUAAAUGUGCUUGUGGCAACAGAAAGGAACGGUCAGAGCACAUGUUUGUGCAUUUAUCCUUAAAUGAAUUAUGUGGUAUAUUAGUGGUGUGGAUCGGCACUGCCCUCACGAUUCGGGAGGAAGUAGAUUCGAUUAGAUUCGAUUCUAUUAGAUCCAAUCUGAUCCGAUUCAAUUCUGCAAUGGAUUGCAAUGCAUUACAUUUCUACUGAACGCAAAGCAAAUGUUUAAUCAGCCAUGAUGAGGCAAUACAAGUAGUCAGAUACUGAGCAACAAUUUAUUGGCUGUUUUCUG